ACUGUAUACUGACUUGUUCCUUUCUCUUGUGUGAGUGUGCCUCUCUGCUCUUUGUCUUUUUUUUUUUUUUUUUUUUUCGGAGCUGGGGACCGAACCCAGGGCCUUGCGCUUGUUAGGCAAGCGCUCUACCACUGAGCUAAAUCCCCAACCCCUGUCUUUUUUACCUUUUGGAACUUUCUCAGUUUCUACUACCUGCCUUGUCCUCUCCUGCUGCUUCCUGGGAGCUGAUAGCACAGAUGGGUCAGAUAUGAAUUCUGUCCUGGAGGUGUUCCAGGUAUGGUCAGCAGCAUUACUGCUGGUAGACCUGUCUGUCUCAAAGGCCAGUUCAGGUCUAAGUGUGACCUGAGCAGGGCAGGAGAGUUAUCCAAGGCAGGCAACCUUUCAAAGUUAACGAUGCAGACACCAGCCUUGCUUAAACAUAGUGGCAUGAGAGUCUCCAUGCUGCAUCUUCUAAGUCUUUUCCUAUGCAGAUAUCCCUCCUUCAUUACUUAGCUUUCCAUUUUGUUCCUUCUGUUUUCUUGACACAUAGAGCACCCCGAUUCUCAUGUUUCAUGACAAAUAGAGCCUUGAGCUAAGCUGUAUCACCCUGUACAGGUGACACCACACCACACUGCCUCCUACAACUCCACUAAAUCCCCCCACCCUUUGACCUUCCUGCGUGUUGAACUCCCUGCCAGUUGGAGCUCUGGAUUUUAUGCUUGUCUACCUGAACCCUUGGAAGACCACCAUUUUGCCAUGCUUCUUGUUUUGUUAUUUCCAAUAUGAAGCUGCAGGCUUGGUGUUGGGGUUUUAAUCAGGGCACAUCAGAGCUGAAGCUUAACUCUAGGUGGGUGUUUGUUCAGACCAUUAGGACUGGAGCACAGUGGUGGAGAAGCCUUGGUUCUGCUUGUUUUCUGCCCUAUUUACCUGAAGUCUAGAUCCAGUUACAAGAGUGAGGGAAGCUUCCUAGAGCUUUUUUUUUUUUUUUUUUUUUUUUCUUCUUUUUUUCGGAGCUGGGGACCGAACCCAGGGCCUUGCGCUAGCUAGGCAAGUGCUCUACCGCUGAGCUAAAUCCCCAACCCCCUAGAGCUUUUUAAAAGAAGAUAUAUAUUUAUUUUUAUGUGUAUAUAUGUGAUUGCAGGUGUCUGCAAUUCCUUAUGGAGCUAGAGUUACACAUGGUUGUGAGAACCUAACAUGGGUGCUUGGGCCUCAGAAAGAACAGUGUGCUUGAAAUUUCUGAGCCAUACUGCUCUCUUCCCAGAGUUCUUUUUUUUUUUUUUUUUUUUUUAAGUUAAUGUAUUUAAUGUGUGUGGUUGCUUUGCCUGCAUGUGUAGAUAUACCACAUGUUUGCUUGAUCCCCGUUGAAGUCACAAAAAGGCUUCUGUUCUUUUGGAACUGGAGUUAUAGGGAGUUGUAAGCAACUAUGCGGCUGCUGGGAAUUGAACCCAGGACCUUCAGAAGAGAAAACAGUAUUCUCUUUUUUUUUUUUUUUGGUUCUUUUUUUCGGAGCUGUGGACCGGAAAACAGUACUCUCUUAACUGCUGAGCCAUUUCUGGUCUCUUUCCUGGAGCUUCUUUCUUUUUCUUUUUCUUUUUUUCUUUUUCUUUUUCUUUUUCUCUCUCCUCUCCUCUCCUCUCCUCUCUUCUCCUCUCCUCUCCUCUCCUGUCCUGUCCUGUCCUGUCCUGUCCUGUCCUGUCCUGUCCUGUCCUGUCCUAAGACAGAGUCUCUCUGUAUAACCCUGUUUGUCCUGGCACUCUGUAGAUCAAGGUAGGCUAGAACUCAGAUAUGCCUGCCUCUGCCCUGAGUGCUGGGAUUAAAGAUGUUUGCCUUUGCUGUGUGGCUUUUCCUGGAGUUUUUUUUUUUUUUUUUUUUUUUUUUUUUGGACCUGGGGACCGAACCCAAGGCCUUGCGCUUGCUAGGUAAGCGCUCUACCACUGAGCUAAAUCCCCAACCCCUUUCCUGGAGUUUUUUUUUUUUUUUUGGUUCUUUUUUUCGGAGCUGGGGAUCGAACCCAGGGCCUUGCGCUUCCUAGGUAAGCGCUCUACCACUGAGCUAAAUCCCCAGCCCCAAGUUUUUAAUGCUCCAUUUUCAACCAUGAAUUCUGGGUUGACAUUGGGAUUUGGGGCCAUGGAGUUUUUAUCCUCUUUUGCAUAUAUUUUUCUGAGCUCAGGAAGGAAGUAUGUUUGUGGUGACAACAGAGAACUGCAUCUGUGCUGGGUGUAUACAUGUGUGUAUAUGUAUGUAUUAGAAUUUUAGUGAUAUUUAUGUAUCAGAAGAUUUCUAACAUCGUGUUGUAAGUUUUUGAAGUCAGAUUAUACCAGGUAGCUCAGCGCUAACUGAGUUCCUUAAUUAGGUGUACCCCACAUAUGGAUUGGUAAUGGACAGGAGCUAGAACAGGUGCAAGGGGUGCAGGUUGGUCAGGGCUGGAUUAAUGGGGCUGUCAGGACUCCAGUUGGCAUCCUUGGGUAUUUCCCUCAUGCCAAAGGCUUCCCUGGGUACUGGGCAUUUUAGAAUGCUGGGUGGCAGACAGAACUGUUGUAGAGAUCGGGAAGGCCAACUGCAAAGGAUAGUAGUAGGCAGUAGGAUACAGAAGAACCCAGUGACACUGUGGCAGGACGCCUCAGGGACAUGACACAUCUUCGUGCAGCUGUUCUGUGCAGUUACUGCUGGUAGACCUGUUUGCCCCAAGGAGUCAAGUUCAUGUUGCAGGAGUGGCUGGCAGGUUGACGUGUCUUUCAGGAGGAAGAGUUUCUGGGGAAGGAUGUCAUGGAGACCCCAGACAGUGGACACAAGACUGUAGGAUGGCCUGAGCUAUGGCAGUGGAGAGGGAUGAGGCUGGACUGGAGUCUGCCAUGUCUUGAUCGACAAGGAGGUGUCCUAGACCUAUGGGACUUGCAGCUUCUUUGCAAAGGGAGAAAGAAGUGACCACAGUGACUGUGGCCAACGUGGGGUCCUCUGCAGAUAACGUCUUCACAACAUCAGUGGCAAAUGCAGCCUCGAUAUCAGGACAUGUCCUGUCUGGUAGGACAGCCCUGCAGAUCGGGGACAGCCUGAACACUGAGAAAGCCACACUAAUAGUUGUACACACAGAUGGGAGCAUUGUGGAAACCACCGGGCUGAAGGGCCCAGCAGCACCUCUCACCCCAGGUCCUCAGUCUCCUCCUACCCCACUGGCACCUGGCCAGGAGAAAGGUGGUACCAAGUACAACUGGGACCCUUCGGUGUAUGACAGCGAGCUGCCUGUGCGCUGUCGGAACAUCAGUGGCACGCUCUACAAGAGUCGGCUCGGCUCAGGUGGCCGGGGGCGGUGUAUCAAGCAGGGAGAAAACUGGUACAGCCCAACCGAGUUUGAAGCCAUGGCAGGAAGAGCCAGCAGCAAGGACUGGAAGAGAAGCAUCCGCUAUGCGGGCAGACCCCUGCAGUGCCUCAUCCAGGAUGGUAUUUUGAACCCUCACGCUGCCUCCUGCACCUGUGCUGCCUGUUGCGAUGACAUGACUCUAAGUGGCCCUGUCAGGCUCUUCGUCCCCUAUAAAAGGCGCAAGAAAGAGAAUGAGCUGCCCACGACUCCAGUUAAGAAGGAUUCCCCCAAGAACAUCACGCUGCUCCCUGCCACGGCGGCCACCACCUUCACUGUGACACCCUCAGGACAGAUCACUACCUCUGGAGCACUAACCUUUGACCGAGCAUCCACUGUGGAGGCCACUGCUGUCAUCUCUGAGAGCCCAGCCCAAGGGGAUGUCUUUGCAGGAGCCACAGUGCAAGAGGCAGGCGUGCAGCCCCCCUGCAGGGUUGGCCACCCUGAACCCCACUACCCUGGCUAUCAGGACAGCUGCCAGAUCGCCCCGUUUCCAGAAGCUGCAUUGCCAACAUCACAUCCCAAAAUUGUCCUGACAUCGCUGCCCGCCUUGGCCGUGCCGCCCUCCACCCCCACCAAAGCUGUCUCUCCCACCGUGGUCAGUGGGCUGGAGAUGUCAGAGCAUCGGAGCUGGCUGUACCUGGAAGAGAUGGUCAACUCCCUCCUCAACACAGCCCAGCAGCUGAAGACGUUGUUUGAACAAGCCAAGCAGGCGAGCUCUUGCAGGGAAGCUGCUGUGACCCAGGCGAGAAUGCAGGUUGAUGCAGAGAGGAAGGAGCAGUCAUGUGUCAACUGCGGCCGGGAGGCCAUGAGUGAGUGCACCGGCUGCCACAAGGUUAACUACUGCUCUACGUUCUGCCAGCGCAAGGACUGGAAAGACCAUCAGCAUGUAUGUGGCCAGUCAGCAUCUGUCACUGUCCAGGCUGAUGACGUCCAUGUUGAAGAAAGUGUGAUAGAAAAAGUUACUGUCUGAGCCAGGCUUCUCCCUGAGCUCUACUGAGAAGCCAUCACAGGCUUAGGCUCUGACUUUGGGGGCUGCUGAGAAGAGGGCCCUGGGAAACUUGCCGGACAAGUUAUUAACAGACUGUGCCCUUGGAAACAAACUCCUGCCAGAGACCAAGGAACGCUGGCAGCUUGCAGGAUGGGGCACUCUGCCACAGCCCAGGGUCCUCUGCCUAUCACGGUGCUCUUUCUUCCCUGGAUCAUGAGUGUCCUACUACCCUCGGGGUGCCCUAGCCACGUGUACAUACCUGUUUUAUCUGUUAAUAAAGAUGUAAAUAAAGCUCCCACCCCACA